AUGGAUAAGGGUGUGCCACCGGAUCUUCAUAAAUGGCUAAGAAAAUGUUUGAAGAAGGAAUUCGGGAAAACCAUACAAAGCGCUAUAGAGAAAGAGCAGAUACCCAGUGAUAUCGCCUACAAGCUUUCGCAUUCGAAAGACAUGGCUGCUUUGCUGAAUUCUAUGAAAAAGGCGAUCACCGAGCAGUAUGUGGUGGUGAAACCCACAUCCGCAGCGUCACAGUCGCAGUCGUUGCUCUCCUUCACCAGCGAUCUCGCGGCGGACGAUUGGGUCUCCCCACAGGAAAAUGGGGAAGAAUACAACUGUAUCAUCGACAAGAUCAGUCGCGACAAGCCUGUUCACGUGAGACUCGCCGGCUACGAGAUUUUAUUAAAGAUCGAAUUAUCCAACAUAAAUAGCAGUUCGCAGUGGGAUGUUUUCCAGAAAACGCUGCUGGACGGUCUAACAGACGAUAGCAGAGCCAUAUUCGAGGCUAGCAUGCAGGUACACGCAAAGUUACUGAAUUGUUCGCAAUUGCAUCAUACCUACGGUAAUUUGCUGAGCGCGUUCAACGCGCAAUAUCAUUCGCAAAAAGUGCGCGAGACUCUGCCCACUCUGAUCUCUGGAAUCAAUUUCAAGUUCUUCCUGCACGAGAAAUUAUUUCGUAUAAUGCAUCUAAUAAUCCGCUAUCAAGAGGAAAUGUUGAAAAACAGUAGGCACAGCGAUAAGAUUGUAGAAGAAAUUAUAGAGCAAUUUAUAGUAUUUUUUAGUACGCAUAGUUUUGGUAACUCAUUGCAACCCAAAACUUUGAACGUGCUGAACAUCAUUUCGGUCUUGGAGCCGCAGGCUAAGUGGAGCAAGAGGUGGCUUCAUAGUCUUUCUAUCAGGAGGAUUUUCAUCAUUGUUCUAACUAAAUCUCCAACGUUUCUGCAGAAUAUUGUUGAUUGUGUUCAAAGCGGUUUGGCAGAGACACCCUGUUCCUUGUCCGUCUCCAUUAUGGACGAGAGCAACGAGCUGUGUAUUUCCGGAAAUACGAUAGAAACCGCGACUUAUCUGCAUUGUUUGACUUUCGUCUCGCAACUCUGCAGCUACGAAGUUGGCAGAAGUUUGCUCACGGAGAAUUCGUUGAAAACGCCAUUUGAAAUGGCUGAUUUCUUGAUGAAAUUGUUGAACUCCUUGAAUAAGUUAGCAGCAGAAGCACCGAGUGGUGUGUACAAUACUUCCUGCAAUGCUCUUAAAAACAUACUCAAUAUCUCGGACGUAUUAUAUAAUGAUGAAUUUUACCACGCUGCAUUAUGUCGUCUGACAUCUCUUCCUGUAAAUAAUAUAAAGAUUUGGCCGCACACAUUAAGUAUUAUUUCUCAUAUGGUGGACACCGUAGACGGUCCGACAUUUUUGACUACAAGUUGUAAAGAACAUUCAACAAAUCCCGAAAAAGCACCAUUGAAAUGCCCAGUCGCGAUCGUAAUGCUGUACGCGUCGAAUUUAUUGAAACAGCCGUUUUCUAUUAUGGAUAUAAAAUGUAUGUUAGAUUCAUUUAGUCUGGUAGAAAAAUUAUUCAACGUAUACGAUGUUUAUGAGGCAGCGCAAGAAGAGAUUGAAACGCAGUUUUAUCCCGCCGUUGCUAAUUUUUACAAAAGAUUGAACAAGUGCAGCGUCGAGAACGAAAACAAAAUUCAGCAACUCGAUAGUGCUGUCAAAAAAGUUUUACUGAAAAUGGUAUCAAUACCGCUCGGCUUGCAAGCGCUUGUUAAUGAAAAAUUGGUGUUCGAGGAACUAAUUCGCGGAUCGAUCGCUCCUCUAAGAGUGAUUUGGAGUUUCACUGAUAUAGUCAGCUUUAUCUCGUCGGCUGGUUACUUCGACCUGGGUCAUAAUGUACUCGCGGAUCUCGGGCCCCACGUUUUGUCAACCUUGUUAUCGCAAACUUGCACAAACGCAGAGGAUCCUAGAUUUUUUUAUGAUCCUUGGGAUAGAGAGAACGUCAAUGAAUUUCUACACAUACUUACAUUAUUUUCCCUUAAUUUUAAUUGUUUCGCCGCAUUUAUGGUGAAUGACAGCGAAUCAGAUGAUGAGGAAAAGGAUUGUCCGUCGAAUUUGUUUGAAUUACUACAGGCUGUAACAGAUGUGAAUUCAACUUAUCACCAUUUAGCUCUUCUUUCGUUGAAUACAGUAAUUUGGAACCUAGAUGCUUGCGCCUACCUAUUAAACUCGUUGAACUUUCAGAAAGCGUUGUUAGAUAUUCAAAAAGACAGCACAAUUAUGAUCGAAGUUCGCAAAGAACAAACCGAUGAUGAAAGUGAUUACGAAAAAUCAGAGGACAAUAAUGACAAUAAUGGUGAUAAACCAGAGUCAACGAAGGAAUAUAUAAUUGACGAAUCCAGUUUCUUGCGACAUAAUAUUUUAUUAAAAUCAUAUUACAUGACAUAUAAAAAGAAACAAUAUAUGUUACCGUUGGAGGAAUAUGAACUUUUCUCAGAAUUUCCACCUCCCCGAAUAUAUGCAGAUAUGAUAGACUUUCGAGAAAUUGAAUACGAUUCGGAAUUAAGUGAUAUGUUGCAGGAGGAAAGACCCGGACUGCUAGACAUUAGUUGGGUUGCGCAAGUUAGAGAGGCUCAUAAAGCCUCGCGAGGCCCAAUUAAGAAUUCAAUGAUGACAAAUUUAUUGAAUCAAAUGCACAAAGCUAUUCCAACUGCGGAAUGGGUGGAGCAAUUUAAAUGGCAGGAGAACAUAACGUAUGACACGGACUAUUGGCUACCAGAAGACAUACACGCUAUUAACAUUGUUUUAAAUUACGCCGAACAACGAGAGAUUUUAAAAAAUACUAGCGACAGCCAAAAGAGUUUGAAACAAUUCAUUCAUUCUGCCUACAUAUUUAUACAGUACAAUAAACCGAGCAGGUUUGAAGGUUUUGAUUGGUUCUUGGCAACGGUGUUCAUUAUCUGUGAUGGAAAUUUGGAUAAAUGCAAGACUUUUAUCAUGCAAUUAGUUCAAUUUCCAUCGACACUGCUUCUUUGGCCGAAAUUGGGCAAAGUUAUCGAUGAAAAAAAUAACGAAGGCACCAGUUCGCAGUUCACUUUUAUGCAAGUUUUAGAAACCAUGGUCAACAUCGAGCUUCCAAACAUCAAAUAUGGAUUAAAGGAUGUCUUCGAUAUCGACUGGUGGAUGAUAUUCAAUAGAAUGUUAACGCAAUGCUUCUGGGGAAUUCUUCCAUGGAGCGAAAUAGUUCAUUUCUUUGCAAUUUGUAUUUUGUACCCGUCCGAUUAUAUGGUGUACUAUUCCGUGUCACUUUUGCAAUUCUGCCAGGAAGAGCUGCUACAGGAUUUGACAAAUAGAAAAAUGUGGCCGGAAAAUAUGGUAUUGGACGAGUAUCGCUGUCAUAAUUACAUUACGUACAUGAAUAAUUUAGGUCAGCGAUAUAGAAAUCGGGUUUUACCGGCAAUGACUAAAAAUUUGAAUUCUGAAGACGAAAUAUAAUGAUAAAUAUCUCGUCACACACAUCUUGGUAACUUAAAAAGUGAGGAGUAAAAGAUACGUAUCAUCGACAGUGUAGAAAAAAUAAAUUGCAUUCAUGCAAAAGAAAUAUUUUACAGAUCUUUAACCGAACAAUAAUAACUAAUAAAACAAUAUAUAUGUAUAUAUAACGAAUAACAAUCGACUCUAUUGCAUUGUAAUUAAUAAAAGAUCUUAUGUUCAAUUUCCUAUAUACAUAUA